CCUUCAGUCCGUUUCAGACGCGAGGAGGAGGAGGAUUAAACACAGAGAAAACGAGUGCGAUUGCGGAGCUAUUUCGUCGGAUUCGCAUCCCGACACCUUUCCUACAUUUUCGGACGACGUUUCCAGCGUUGAUCGUCGAUGAUUUUCCUCGAUUGUCCAAUGGAUUACUAAUUUAACGGAGGAACAUCGCGAUCCGUCGGAUACAUCAGCUGAAGACCUGAAAGUGAGUUAACUCAAGAGGAUCACCGUGGACGGAGAUGAAGACACUGGAGGAGCCCCCUUACCUGACCGUUGGUACUGACGUGAGUGCCAAAUACAGAGGGGCGUUCUGUGAGGCCAAGAUCAAGACCGCCAAGAGACUCGUCAAGGCAAAGGUCACCUUCAAACCCGACGCGUCCACUGCGGUGGUGCACGAUGAACACAUCAGAGGACUUCUGAAGGUGGGCGCUGUGGUCGAAGCCAGGAACCAAGAUGGGAUCUACCAGGAGGCCAUCAUCAACAAACUCACUGACGCUAGUCUGUACACCGUCGUGUUUGAUGACGGUGAUGAGAAGACCCUCAGGCGCUCGUCUCUCUGCCUGAAAGGAGCGCGCCACUUCGCUGAGAGUGAGACGCUCGACAGGCUUCCUCUUACCAACCCCGAACACUUCGGCACUCCCGUCAUCGGCAAAAAAGGAAACCGCGGAGGCCGGCGGUCCAAUCCCAUUCAAGAAGAGGAGUCAUCUUCAUCAUCUAGUGAGGAGGAGGAGGGCGAUCAGCAACAAAACGAAGGGCUUUACGGCAAAGUGGUGUGUGUGGAUGGGGUCGUCACUAGCGACAAAAAGAAAACCACAUGGUAUCCUGCCCUGGUCAUUUCUCCAGACUGUCAUGAAGAUGUGACACUGAAAAAAGACAACAUUUUUGUCCGCUCCUUCAAAGAUGGAAAAUUUUACACAGUUUUGCGGAAAGACAUUCGUGUGCUGGACGAAGAGAAAUCUCCCAAAGCGGACGCUGGACUCAAACCAGCGUUAGAUGCAGCGUGGGACUUUCAGCGUAACGGCACUGUGCCCAACGCGUGGAGGACGGAGGUGAAGGAUGAAAGCUCAAGCAGUGAGGAUGAUGACGAGGAAGAGGAGGAGGAACAAGAGGAAGAGGCCAGCCGCGAGGAGGAAGAGGAGGAAGUGGAGCCGUUCCCAGAAGAGAAAGACAACUUCCAACAGCAGCUUUACAAAUUUAUGGAGGAUAGAGGAACUCCUAUCAAUAAACGCCCCGUGCUGGGCUACAAGAAUCUGAAUCUUUUUCAACUCUACCGGCUGGUGCACAAGCUCGGAGGAUUCGACAGUAUCGAGAGCGGGUCCGUCUGGAAGCAGGUGUAUCAGGAUCUGGGCAUCCCUGUGCUCAACUCCGCAGCCGGUUACAACGUCAAGUGUGCCUACAGGAAAUACCUGUAUGGCUUUGAGGACUACUGCACCUCCACAGGGAUCACCUUCCGCAUGGAUCUGCCGUAUAAAACGGGUGAGAAGACGAGUGGGAAGAGUGAGGAGAACACUGAGGAAACAGUCAGCGGAGGAACCAGUGUCUCUUCAAGCACAGAAGAAGAGCAGAAAGCCCUCAAAGAACCAGAGACCUCCAACACACAGCAUGUGCUCAAGGAGGAGAAGACCGAAACCACGGCACCAGGUGAAGAUAAAGCGGAUAUCAGCAGCGUGAAUGAGGAGGAGGAUGAUGAUGAUGAUGAUAACCACGCUGAUGAAGAGGAGAAUGAUAUAAACGAAGAGGCCAAAGAGUGCGGACCGACAGCGGAGAGUAACGUCACCGAGAGCGUGAAGGAGGAGCCGUGUGAGGAACCCGACAGCAAAGAUCUGUCAGGGGAUGUCAGCAGUCAGGAGUGGGAGGAAGGGGAGGAGUUUGAGUGUUACCCUCCUGGGAUGAAGGUGCAGGUGAGGUAUGGGCGAGGCCGAAAUCUGAAGACGUACGAAGCCACUGUCAAAGAGUCAGACCUGGAGGGGGGAGAGGUGCUCUACCUGGUGCACUACUGUGGCUGGAACGUCAGGUAUGACGAGUGGGUCAAAGCCGAUAAGAUUGUCAGACCAGCCAAUAAGAACGUCCCUAAAAUAAAGCACCGCAAAAAAAUAAAGAAUAAAGCAGAGCGAGAAAGAGACCGAAUAGAGAGACUGACGGACAGAGAGGACUUUCCUUUACCUAGAAAUCGCAUCAAUCGGUUGUCGAAUCCGAAUUCUGGCAGUGAUGUCUUCUCGAAGAUGGAGGAUUGUGGUGAUGAACUAAACCAGCAGACGCCCGUCAAGCCCAUCGAGAUCACAUCUAUUCUCAACGGCCUCCCAGGCUCGGAAAGCUCCACAGAUGACAGUGAACGAGAAGAUGAUGAUGACGCUGAUCAUGACGAAGAGGAUCAUCCAGGAGGACGAGUGAGUCUUCGGAAAGGAGGUCCUCCAGAGCGCUCGCUUACACCACAGCACUGGGAAACCGGAAGCCCGUCUGAAGGCUUCAAAGCUCCCACAGUUGUCGACGAGGAACCCACCGUCCAGGAAAGCCCAGAAUCGGGCAAGAGGAAGAGCCAGUUUGAGGUGGACGUGGAAGGAUCCGGCGGAAGAAGAAAAAAAGCAGAAGUUCUAGGCGAACGCAGCUUGAAAAGCCCGGCGAAAGGCAAAACUAGAACCAGUAGAGGCAGCGAUUGGCUACCAAGUAGUUCGCCGAAAAAGUUGGAAGAACGAGGUCCGUUGGAGGAUCGAGGCGAAAGCAGUUCUGAAGACGAAGCGACUGAGCUUCAACCCAAGGAAAUACCAAAAGGGCACCCGAAAACCAAGAGCUCGCCUUCGAAGAAAUACAACGGCGUCAAGGAGAAGAAUAAAAGCGGGUGUUCAGGAUUCUGGGAAAUCCCAGAGAAAAGAGCCAAAAUAUCCACAGGGAUCGAUGACAGGUCGCCCAGCUCUCGUACCAAAGGCCAGAAGGACGUUUGGUCCAGCAUCCAAGUUCAAUGGCCCAAGAAGAUUUUAAAAGAUCUGUUUUCAGACUCGGACACGGAGGCGGCGAACUCUCCUCCUCCUCCUCCUGCAGGAACCGUUUCAGACGAGCCGAGCGCCGAACCGGCCCGGGACAACGACGAAGAAGAGAUCGCAGAGGAGAAGCUGCAGGAGAAUCCCAGCAGUGGCACCAACUCGGUCCUCAACACGCCUCCGACGACUCCCGAGUCUCCGGCCAGAGCCGAAGGUCCCGCUGAGGUUCUGCCCGAGAUCCGCGCGCCUUCGCUGCCCGCCAGUCCUCAACACGCCUCUUUACCCGAGGGACCCCUGAUGGAGGAGCGGGCCGGGGGACGCAGCGAGUCCGACAGCAGCACGGUGGAGGUGGAGAGUUUAGGAGGAGAGAUCCCGGAGAUCCAUCGGGAAGAGGAGGCGGGAUCCCCUUCCAAGGCCUUCGACGGAAACCUGUCCUGCAACAGUAACAGCAACUGCAGUCUAACGCUCAGCAACAGCAGCCAGCAGGAGAGCGAGCAGAAAGCCAAAGCCUCGUCCAGUCAGAAGCGGCACAAAGAGUCUCAAGGCGGUGGAGCGUCAAAGAAACACAAGCGGAGUCAUAAAAACCUGAGCUUACAUCCCAAGAAGAACCGCAAACCAGCCCACAGCAGUGACAGCGAGGACCAGUGUAUCAGCGAGAGCAAGAGCUCGAGCCGGACCCCCCCCUCAGCCCACCGGUACCAGAAACACGGAGAGCCGGAGCAUUCCCACAGCCGGGAACAUCACGCCAGGACCAGGUGGACCUUCCAGAUGUCGGACCUGGAGAAGAUGAGCAGUCUAGAGCGGAUCGCUUUCCUUCAGGAAAAACUGCAGGACAUCAGGAAUCACUACCUCUCGCUGAAGUCUGAGGUGGCCUCCAUCGACCGGAGACGCAAGCGCAUGAAGAAGAAGGAGAGAGAGACAGGCGCAGCAGUGGCCUCUUCCUCCUCGUCCUCAUCCUCCCCGUCCUCCAGCUCUCUGACGGCAGCUGUCAUGCUAACGCUAGCCGAGCCGACGGUCUCCGGCGCGUCUCAAACCUCGGGGGUGUCUGUGGAGUGCAGGUGACAGGAAUGACACGGCGUCGAGCAGCACAGAGCACUUAACCAGCACCCGGCUCGACCUCUGACCCCUGCACUAGUGGACGGACACACACUGACAAACGGGGCACAAGUAUGAUGAAACAAUAGCCACCAGAUACAGCAACAAGCACUAUUUUAUAUCGACAACUGUUUCCUUGGCAAGCUAAUUGCACUCAAGUGCACUUUUUCCUGAAAGUUGGGUCGAGUUUGACGAUAAGACUAUUUCUGUUUGUUUGUUUUACAAACCAUCUCCACUAUGUCCAUGAAUAUUUGAUCCUGAAUCUGAAUUCCAGCACGUUCAGUUUCACC